ACCACCGAGAGGGACUGAAAAAGUCAAAAGGAGAGCGCUGAACUCAUCUGAAGAUUCGGCUAGAAAUAAACAACGGUGUUUGACGGUUGCGACUGGAAAGAGGUCAAAGCGAACGACGUGAAUGCUGAGUUUGAUGCAGAGAACAUGAGAGUUAUGAGUGUAUUCAAAGAAGUUGUCCUGAAAAGAUUAUAUUAAAAAAGGCAGAUUUUUUUUUUUGUUAGUAUUAGACGUUGGCAGUGAAAAAGCGAGGCCGCACGUUGCCGAGGAGACAGAUUUAAUCUCAGCGUUAGCAUCUGACUAAUGCUUCAUUGAGAACACAGCAGAUAAAGAAAUGACGUCGGCAGUGAUUUCCGUGACGACUACAGCCUCGCGCUUCGCGCUGCUGCAGGUGGAUUCGGACUCGGACUCCGACUCGGAACCGGGAAAGACCAAGAGCAGCCGGCAGUCGGGGGCGAGGGCGGGCAAAUCGGCGGCCGGUAAAACAAACGCCAACAACGACAAGCGGAAGGAGAAGAGAAAGAGGAAGAAGGAACAGCAACAGAGUGAGGCAAAUGAGUUGAGGAGCCUGGCCUUUAAGAAGCUCCCCCAGAAGGCCUGCCCCCCCCAGACGACAGGGGGACCCCCACCUGGUGCUGGUGAGACGGAACUCCCCCAGGAGGGCUGGCAGCAAUGGAAACAGAGAGACGAACAGUUAACCAGCGAGCUGUAUGAGGCAGAUCUGGAGAAGGCCUUGAUACUGAGCCAACUGGACUAUGAGGAGCACAAGCAGGAUUAUGAAAGUGCGGAUGCCACUUCCUCUGCAGCCAAAGGCGGCAGGAAGGACAAGCGGAAGAACCAGCAGGGCAAGGAGAGGCAGCGAGUCACAGUGUCUCUGAAAGACUUCCAUACGGAGGGCCACAUCGACCAGCUGAACAAGAAACAGGAGAAAGAGGAGCCCAAAACUGUCAGUCCAGCUCUCCAUUGCGACCGGUUCUUUAACAAGCUGGAGGAUGAUGUCAGCAAGAUCGUCCUGCGGGAGAAACGGCGAGAACAGUUCAGCAACAGCAGCGGCCUGGAGGUGACCACAUCGACAGAGCAUGAACCGGACGUGAGGGCGGAGCAGCUGAAGUACGAGCUGGAGAAGAAGGACCUGGAGAUCGAGAGGCUGAAGAACGUGAUCGCUCAGUGGGAGAGUAAAUACAAGGAAGUAAAAGCGAGAAACGCACUGCUGCUGAAGAUUCUGCAGCAAGGAGAAAUGAAAGAUAAGGCUGAGAUUCUGCUGCAAGUGGAGGAGCUUCUGAACAUAAAAGAAGAACUUUCCUCACAGGUGACUCUGUUGCACGCAUCCCUUGAACAAGAGAAGUCGAAAGUGAAGGGCCUGCAGUCAGACCAGCCCAAACACCACCAGGGGAAUAAGAAGGGCAAAAAAGCACUGGAGGCAGAUCUAUGAGACUGGAGCAGGAUGGAUCCCCCCCCAGCCUCCCCCCCACCUCCUGCACACUCACGCCCAGUAAACGCUGUCCUACUGCGGAUACUGAUUGGUGCUCUGAAGGCUGAUCUAAUUAGAGGGGAGGGGUUUAUGGGUAAGGGGCGUGUCCUGCUGGGGGCAGUGUCGAGCUCACUGUUUCUGACUCGCAUACCUUAUCAAUAAAGCUUUCCACUUCA